AUGCCUUUUACUGAUCGAGCUCGAAGUAGUAGGAAGUAUAGAACGUCCGAUUCGAUACACAGCGAUGAAGAUCCUCUCAUAGACGAAGAAUUGGGGGAAUCCGCACCAUUAACAGGAGCAGAUAGUAGUCCACAACAGCCUCGAAGAAGAAAACGACAAAAGUCAAGGUUCCCUUGGCCUUUUGUGAAAUCUGCUCGAAAACAAGAUCCACGGACAAUUCCACUCCAUGCCGAUGAUAAGCAAAAGAAAUAUGCACCCAACAUCAUCGUCAACCAAAAGUACAACAUUAUCACAUUUUUACCACUCGUCCUAUUCGAACAGUUUGUCGUGUUCUUCAAUUUGUAUUUCUUGCUUGUAGCAUUAUCACAAUUCAUCCCUGCCCUUAAGAUUGGUUAUAUUUUUACAUACUUUGGCCCGCUAUGCUUUGUAUUAUUGGUCACAAUCAGCAAAGAGGCCAUGGACGACUUCCAACGGCACAAACGUGACAAGGAAGCAAAUUCACAGCUCUAUCAGACAUUAACACCGGAUGGUUUCCGGAGCGUACCAAGCUCAAAGAUCCGUGUCGGUGACAUGAUUGUGAUACAAAAGGAUCAGCGGAUUCCAGCCGACAUGAUUUUGUUACGUACUACCGAAGAUAGUGGUUCAUGCUUCAUUCGCACGGACCAACUGGAUGGUGAAACUGACUGGAAAUUACGAUUGGCAGUACCAUCUUUGCAACGUCUUCCCUCUGACAACGUACUAAGUGCUGUUCGCGGUGAUAUUUACGCGGAUGCUCCUCACAAGGAUAUUCAUAGCUUUGUUGGCACUUUUACACACGUUGAUGAGGAGUCGGGUAUUGAACAAAUGGAACCUCUAGGAGUUGAGAACACAUUAUGGACAAACACUGUACUCGCGUCCGGCACAGCUAUUGGUUUUGUCAUUUAUACUGGCAAGGAUACACGUGCUGUGAUGAACACCAACCAUCCAAAGACGAAAGUUGGCUUGAUAGAUCGUGAGAUCAACCGUCUUGCCAAGAUUCUGUUUAUUGUAACUCUCGCUCUGUCGGUUGCCAUGGUUGGAUUGAAUGGAUUUCAUGGAUUGUGGUACAUUUACGUAUUCCGUUUCCUGAUUCUCUUUUCGUCCAUCAUUCCUAUCAGUUUACGUGUUAAUUUGGAUAUGGGUAAAACCGUAUAUGCUCGACAAAUCGAACGAGACUCAGAGAUAGAAGGCACGAUUGUACGAACUAGCACAUUACCUGAAGAAUUAGGUCGCAUUGGCUAUCUUUUGUCGGAUAAAACAGGAACUUUGACAAAGAAUGACAUGGAGCUGAAAAAGCUACAUAUGGGUACAAUGUCAUAUAGUUUGGACACAAUGGAUGAAAUCAUGUCGCAUUUGGCUACUGCAUUUGCAGAUAACGAGUCUGCACUCAUUCAGACUGGGCCAGGGGUUGUAGGCAUGUCUGGAAAGGGUCGACGUAACAUUGCCUCGCGUGUUAAAGAGAUCGUCCAAGCCUUGGCCUUGUGUCACAAUGUAACACCGGUCAUUGGUGUCGAUGGUGACAUUACAUACCAAGCUUCAAGUCCGGACGAAGUUGCCAUUGUGAAAUGGACAGAGCAAAUGGGAUUGACUUUGGUGGGCCGUGAUGUCAACAAAAUUCAGUUACGGGUCGAAUCCUCCGGUGAUAGUUUCGAAUACGACAUCUUGCAUAUUUUCCCGUUCACGAGCGAAACAAAGCGAAUGGGUAUCAUCAUCCGGGAUACACAGACACAAGAGAUUACUUUUUACGAGAAGGGCGCUGAUGUCGUGAUGAGCGGAAUUGUACAAUAUAAUGACUGGCUCGACGAAGAAUGUGGCAACAUGGCAAGAGAAGGUUUACGUACUUUGGUCGUCGCUAAAAAGCGAUUGUCCGAAGAGAUGUACGAGGAUUUUAGAACAAAGUACCAUGAAGCUGAAUUAUCCAUCCACGAUCGUAACGCACGUAAACAAGGAGUGAUAGAGGAUGUCCUUGAAACCGAAUUAGAACUACUGGGAUUGACAGGUGUCGAAGAUAAACUUCAAGAUGGAGUUAAAAACACUUUGGAGCAGCUGCGUAAUGCUGGAUUACGUAUUUGGAUGUUGACGGGUGACAAAAUUGAAACUGCCACUUGUAUUGCUGUAUCGUCAAAACUUGUAUCUCGAAAUCAGAAUAUACAUCAAAUUGCUAAACUAAAAGUACCUGUCGACGUGCUGAAUGAACUGGAUAAUUUGAGAUCAAAGGCUGAUUGCUGCUUGGUUAUUGAUGGUGAAUCGCUUCAGCUAAGUUUGGACCAUUUCCGGGAUGAAUUUAUUGAAGUGGCUACACUUUUGCCCGCUGUCGUCUGCUGUCGAUGCUCCCCAACACAAAAGGCCGAAAUCACACGAUUAAUACGGGAAUAUACACAGAAGCGCGUGCUUUGUAUCGGCGAUGGUGGUAACGACGUGAGCAUGAUUCAAGCUGCCAACGUUGGUGUUGGUAUCGUUGGCAAAGAAGGACGUCAAGCAUCGUUGGCUGCUGAUUUUUCUGUCACACAAUUCAGCCAUUUAACCAAACUAAUGUUAUGGCAUGGCCGGAAUAGCUAUAAGCGAUCAGCAAAACUGUCCCAGUUUGUAAUUCAUCGAGGUUUGAUUAUUUCAGUCAUGCAGGCAGUUUUCUCGGCAAUGUUCUACUUUGCACCCAUCGCAUUAUAUCAGGGCAUGUUGAUUGUGGGAUAUGCUACUGUUUAUACUAUGGCUCCCGUCUUUUCUUUGGUACUUGAUCAAGAUGUUAGCGAAGAAAUCGCUUUGUUAUACCCAGAACUUUACAAGGACUUGACAAAGGGUCGAUCAUUGUCUUUCCGAACGUUCUUUACAUGGCUCUUGAUCAGUGUAUAUCAAGGCGGUGCGAUCAUGAUUCUUUCUAUCAUACUCUUCGAGGAUGAGUUUAUCCACAUUGUUUCCAUAUCUUUCACAGCGCUGAUUUUAAACGAACUUUUGAUGGUCGCUCUCGAAAUCAAUACAUGGCAUCGUGUCAUGGUGAUAGCAGAAAUCGUCACCGUAUUGAUAUAUAUCGGAUCCAUGUGGUUACUUCCAACCUACUUUGACAUGUCCUUUAUUUUAACAACGCGGUUUGUUUGGAAAGUAGCGGUCAUUACGGCUGUGAGCAGUCUUCCCCUCUACGUUGCCAAAAUUAUCAAACGACGAUACGCACCACCAAGUUAUACAAAGUUGACAUAA